AUGCAACAAAUUAUAUUUGGAAACGCUAGGUACGGUCUAUGCGGCUUUGGUCUACUCAUCAUUUCGUACGCACUAUUUUUCUUCAACCCGGUGGAAAUCAUCAAAUCAGCGAAGUUGAAAUUUGUCGAAGGAUCUUACGCGUUUCAGCUGUGGCAAAAGCCUCCGGUUAAAGUUUACGUCAACGUGUACAUAUUUAACGUGACUAACGCCGAUAGAUUUUUGGCGGGCGAGGAUGAAAAAUUGGAUGUCAAGGAAAUAGGCCCAUAUGUUUAUUGGGAGGAGUUGGAAAACACGAACACAACGUUUCAGAGCAAUGACACUGUAACGUACAUCCCGAGGAGGAAACUACACUUCGAUCUCAAUUUGUCCGUCGGAGAUCCCGAAGUGGAUCGCAUCGUCGUUCCUAACAUCCCCUUAUUGGGAUUCAGUUCGAUGCUCCGGAGUUCGCCGAUGUUCGUAAAUGUCGUGUUCAAUUCGUUGGUCGAAUAUCAGGAUUCACAGCCGAUACUCAAUCUGUCGGUAAAAGAAUUCCUAUGGGGAUACGAAGACAGGUUAGUGAAGAUGGCUAGCAGUGUGCUGCCAACGUGGAUCGACUUUUCCAAAUUUGGGCUACUCGAUCGGAUGUUAGACGAAGGAACCAAUGUCGUCACAAUGAAUGUGCCAUCGGAACGACAAACAAGACGUCCCUAUACAAUAGAUAAUUUUAAUGGAUCACCGAUCUUACACCAAUGGGCCAAUACAGAUGAACCUAAUGAGUUGAAUAAAUGUUCGUUGAAUGCAUCAUCGGAGGGAUUACUGUUCCCCAGACACUUAACCAAAGACAUGAAUUUUCCAAUUUACCGAAAAGCCUUUUGCAGGACAUUGCCGUUGACUUAUAGCUCUACCAGCGAUAUGCCCAUUGGGUACCCCUCUGUUUAUCUAUACAAAUUCUUGCCAGACGCCUUGAAUUCUUCUCUAGACGAUAAUAAAUGUUAUUGCCCGCGAGACGGGUGCUUGCCCGCUGGACUGUCAGACAUAUCACCGUGCUACUACAAUAUACCGGUGGCAGUGUCGUUUCCACAUUUUUACGGCGGCGAUCCGGCGUUGUUGGACAAUGUCAAUGGAAUUGCUCCCAACAUGGAAAAACAUCAAUCGGUAGUUGCCGUACAACCGGAUCUUGGUAUACCCUUGGCCGUGGACAUCAAAAUCCAGUUGAAUCUGAUCAUAAAGGCCACGAGGUACGUGAGCCGCGCCAAGAAGUUCAACGGAUUGACGUUGCCGAUAUGUUGGUUGCACUUGGAAGUGAAGAGCCUGCCAAGCUCGCUGAACGCGCUGCUCUACCUUUGCUUCAACGUCGGACCGGUGCUGGUCAAGGCGGUGGUCGCGCUCACGGCCUCAGUUGGCUUUUUCCUGGUCGGCCUGUCCAUCAAACGGUUCGGCCGAGGUCAGCAGAAACAAAAGCAUCCGGUCAACGGGUCGGCGGGUGGCGAUCACGAGGGCGGCCGUGGUAGAGGCUGCGAAGACGACAACGACGACGACAACGGUCGCGGUGACGACUACGAAGACGACGGCGGUGGCGCCGAGUCGGGUGGGCUGAUCGUCAAGUGUGGGCCCGCCGCCGGACGGUACCGCGACAAGUCGUACUUGCCGUUGCACCACGUCACCGUUCCGGGGUCGUCGUCGGUCGUCGUCGAUUACGACCACUCGCAGGACUACGCGAGAGGACGAUGA